AUGCUGCUUGACCCACUGUUCCUCCAGCAGCCCGUUUUGUUACUCCAGAUUCCAGCAUCUGCAGUCUCCAUGUUUCCAAUCUUGUUCUUACAAGGUUUGGGAUUACCUGCUGAAGAACAAUGGCACAGGAGCUCCGCGCAUCAAUGUGUUCAUGGCAGUGCCCACCAUAUAUGCCUGGCUCAUUGAAUACCACACCAAGAACUUCACUCAAAGCCACGUGAAGGAUUUCAUCCACAGCGUGUGCAAGAACAACAUCAGAUUAAUGGUGUCGGGAUCUGCUCCCCUUCCUCAGCCCAUCUUGGAGAAAUGGAAAGAGAUCAGUGGGCACACGUUACUGGAGCGGUACGGGAUGACAGAGAUAGGAAUGGCUCUGUCAAACCCACUGCACGGGCUCCGUGUGCCAGGGGCUGUUGGAAACCCACUUCCAGGGGUGGAGGUGCGAAUUGCAAUGGAAAAGUCCAACAGGAACCAUUCUUCUUACACAGUCAUUGCCGAGGGCAACAGUGAAGGGACCCAGGUGAGACCUGGAUUGGAGGGAAAGGAUGGAGAGCUGCUGGUCAGAGGACCAUCGGUCUUCCAGGAAUAUUGGAACAAGCCAAAAGAAACGGGAGAAUCGUUUACGUCAGACGGCUGGUUCAAGACAGGGGACACGGUGUGUUACCGGGACGGAAUUUACUGGAUUCUGGGCCGAACCUCUGUGGACAUCAUCAAGUCCGGGGGAUACAAGAUCAGUGCCCUGGACAUCGAGCGCCAUCUCAUGGGGCAUCCCGAUAUUGCAGACGUGGUGGUGAUUGGAGCAGCUGACCUGACGUGGGGACAGAAGGUGGUGGCGGUGGUGCAGCUUCAUCCCGGCUGCUCACUCACUGUGACACAGCUGAGAGACUGGGCUCGGUAAGGCCAGGGGUCGGGG